AGAGCGUCCUUUGGAAACUGAGCGGUGCCCCUUUAAGAAGAUGACAGAGCCGCGCGCUGUAUUAUGGGAAGCAGAAGAGAAGCGGAAGUGAGGCCUGCUUAGUGUCAGGAAACUGGUGGCGUAGAAGUUGACACUUUGAAAUCGGGAAUAUCAUGGUCUGAAUGAUCCUGACUUUGGUGUUCAGUGGGAGCUACCCCUACUCUAUAGUAUUGUCCGCAAAGUAGGAAAACAAAUAUGGAAUCUGGCAGUAUGGAAACAAUAGCUACUAACCCUCCUGGAGGGUCAAAUGGCUUAGAAGAGCCUAAGAAGAUGACCAGGGAGGACUGGAGGAAGAAAAAAGAACUGGAAGAACAGAGAAAACUGGGCAAUGCACCAGCGGAAGUAGAUGAAGAGGGAAAAGAUAUCAACCCUCAUAUUCCUCAAUACAUUUCCUCAGUGCCAUGGUAUAUAGAUCCUUCAAAAAGGCCUACACUAAAGCAUCAGAGACCUCAGCCAGAGAAGCAAGAAGAAUUUACCUUACUAGGGGAGUGGUAUAAGCGAGGAGUCAAAGAGAACGCUGUUGCAACUAAAUACCGCAAAGGUGCCUGUGAGAACUGUGGUGCAUUGACACACAAGAAGAAAGAUUGCCUGGAGAGACCUAGAAAAGUUGGAGCAAAAUUCACAGGAACUAACAUUGCACCAGAUGAGCACAUGCAACCACAGCUGAUGUUUGACUAUGAUGGAAAAAGAGACCGUUGGAAUGGCUACAAUCCAGAGGAGCACAUGAAGAUUGUCGAAGAAUAUGCCAAGGUUGAUUUAGCGAAACGCACACUGAAAGCACAGAAGCUGCAGGAGGAGCUGGCCUCAGGAAAACUGACAGAGCAGGUGAACUCCCCGCGACAUCGAUGGGGAGAAGAGGAACCAAAUUCACAAACAGAAAGAGAUCAUAACAGUGAAGAUGAAGAUGAAGACAAAUAUGCAGAUGACAUUGAUAUGCCUGGACAGAAUUUUGACUCCAAAAGGCGUAUUACAGUCCGAAACUUGCGUAUUCGAGAGGAUAUUGCUAAAUACUUACGGAAUCUAGAUCCUAAUUCUGCUUACUAUGAUCCUAAAACCAGAGCAAUGAGAGAGAAUCCAUAUGCCAAUGCAGGAAAGAAUCCAGAUGAGGUCAGUUAUGCAGGUGACAACUUUGUUCGUUACACUGGGGCUACCAUUUCUAUGGCGCAAACUCAGCUAUUUGCUUGGGAGGCCUAUGAAAAAGGCUCUGAAGUUCAUCUCCAGGCAGAUCCUACAAAACUUGAACUUUUGUACAAAUCCUUCAAAGUGAAAAAAGAAGAUUUUAAGGAGCAGCAGAAAGAAAGCAUCCUGGAGAAGUAUGGAGGACAAGAACAUCUGGAUGCCCCACCACCUGAAUUGCUACUUGCUCAGACAGAAGAUUACGUGGAAUAUUCCAGACACGGAACUGUUAUUAAAGGCCAGGAGAAGGCUGUUGCUCGUUCUAAAUAUGAGGAAGAUGUAAUGAUCAACAAUCACACAUGUAUUUGGGGUUCCUACUGGAAAGAAGGCAAAUGGGGAUAUAAAUGCUGCUACUCAUUUGUGAAGUAUUCAUAUUGCACAGGAGAAGCUGGAAAAGAAAUUGCUAACGCUGAUGAAGAAUUGCCCAAUGAAGUGCCUGUGGAAGAGUAUAUAACCAAACCCAAAACUCUAGUAGAGAUUCACCAAGAGAAGCAAAAAGAGGAAAAGAAGAAGAAAAAGAAAAAGCAUAAGAAAAGUACAAGUUCUGAUAGUGAGGGAGAAGACAGAAUGAAACAGGAAAAAUUGAAAAAGGCACUAAAUGCAGAAGAAGCCCGUCUCCUUCAUGUGAAAGAAAUCAUGCAACUAGAUGAGAGAAAAAGGCCAUAUAACAGCAUGUAUGAUAGCAGGGAACCAACAGAGGAGGAAAUGGAGGCUUAUCGAAUGAAGCGGCAGCGACCAGAUGAUCCUAUGGCCUCUUUCCUGGGACAGUAAUUUUAGGGAAGGAACUUGCAAGCCCACAAUAUGUUUUUAUACUUGGUCGCCAAGUGAACCAAACGUCUGGCAGUUUUCUGUAUUGUGUGUGUACGUAUGGCAGUGUUUCACCUGAAAAAGGACCGUGUACAGUUUACAGCAGCUGUUUCAUUUGUAAAUAUAUUUUUUUGUCAGCCAGCUGAGUAUUCUACAUUUGCUGCUCAAAUUUAUGGUGCCAAGUAGAUUUAUAAAUUCAAAAAAGCUACUCCCACUUCAUUCACAUACUUUGCAUGUGUCACAUGGGGGAAAAUAGUAGUAGUCACUAUUUUUACUGUGUGAAGGCAGCAAGAGAUUGGUAGUUUCUACUUGGCAAAUACAGAAUUGUGUUGUAACUUAUAUGGAGACUUUAACUCAAUAGAAUGUAAAAGUUCUAAAGCUAUUGAAUGGAGAAAAUUUUAUCAGAAGCUAAUAGAAUUCUACUAUUCUGAAAUCUUUCUUCCAGUUAUACGUUCAGAUAUUGAAGGCUUUCCAUCAGGAUUGAAUUUAGCAUUCCAAACAUCUUCAGUGGUUUAAAGAGUUCUCAUUUAAUGGGGGUCAGAUAUUCUAUCACUUAUAUUUCUCUUUCAGAACAAAUUAUAAUAAUUUGGGAAUGAUCUAGUUGCUCUACAUCAGGGGGUUCCUAAACUGUGGUCUGUGGAUCACCAGUGGUCCACAGCAUGUCUGUAAAAAUACAGUUAAAAUCAUACAGCAUCUAGCACAGAGCAUUACAAAUGCUACAAGAGGCAGCAACAUCAUUAAGUAGUUUGCCAAGUCCUGCAGCAAUUUUCAAGUGGUUUGUGGGGGGAAAGGUGUGGAAACCACUGCUCUACAUCCAUAAUCUCAUAGUCACAAAAAUAAUUCCUAAAUUCCCAAACCCUUUCCCCAUUCCACAUUCUGUGCAUACAUGCUGGAGGCACUAGAUUGUGCUCACAGUUGUCAGCAAUAACUGUGACAUACAAUGUUAUUUUUGCUACAGGUGAGCUGGAUACUCAAGACAUGCGAUAGAUAAUGUACCAUAUGCCAUCUUCCUCUUUUGGCAUGUCUGGGGCCUGGCUCGAAUGCUCCUUCAUACUAACUCUUGCCCUGUCAACAAGAGCUCAGUAAGGCUUUGGAUCUGUAGGAUGAACCACCUUCAUUCUCCUUGUGUGCCCUCCCUUCCCACCCACCCACCCCGGCUUUAUGAUAGCAGUGUAGCCUUGCAUGAACUACAGCCAACUUCAUCAGAUGUAUGAUGUCUUAUCUUCAACUGGAAGAUAUAUGUACACCCAUGCACAUAGAGGGGGAGGGAGGUAGACGGUCGUGGCACUAUAUCAAAUACUUGUGACAUUUCUGUGCAAAGCUCAGAAUAGUACAACAGUAGCGUUUUAAUAUUCACAAUGUAAUAACUGAUAAGGCAAUCUUCCUACAUGUUGCAUUAAUGUAAUUGGGGAAAAGAAAUCCCUAGUGCUGGUUAAGCUCUAAACAAACUUGCUGAUAAAUUCUUCUUUAAUAAUGUCA